GACCAGAGGGAGGGGAUGACGUCAUAGUUGAGGGUUGCCCGGGCAACGGGGAAGCGGUUCGUCGUCGCGUCGGGACGCCGUGGUGCGUCGCCACCGACGCCGCGACGUAAAAAUCAAUUUGGACCUUGGCUAGGUGACCGUUAGCUCGGCGCUGCGUCGCGGUUGCUCCGGCGGCUCGAGGCUCGAAGCUCGAGGCUCGACGAGAGCAGCGCGCUUCCCUUCCGGAGCUACCGGCCACCUCGCCACCGAGCGAGCGAGCAAGCGAGCAAGCGAGCCUGCCAGCGAACGAGUGAGCUAGCUAGCUAAAGACCGACCGAUAUCGCACCGCGGCCAGCGGCUCAGUCGCGAGUCGCCAACCGAGCGGGUACGCCAGACGGUAGAACGCGUCUUCUCAAUCACCGUCUCCCGACAACGCGCACACGAUCUACCCCGUUAAACACGCGGACAACUCGCACUCUUUCUACUCCGAUUCAGCCGCUUCUUGCUUUGCGGUUCGAUGAUCCCCGAGGAGGAUCAUCUUCUCGUCGCACCACGAUCGUUUUAGUUCGGUACAGUCGGUACGGGAACAUGCUGCACGAGGUACACGCUCGAGAUUCAACGAGUGGAUAGUUUGUUGUGCGUGGGCGAUGAGGAGACGCGAUCGGAUGCAAGGCGCACCGUGAAAGUUUGAGAUUAUCGUGGUAAACAGAGAAGCACGAACCGGCUUCCGGGUGAUCUUGCUCGGUCAUCGGGGUCGUUUUUAUCACCCCGAGCGGAUACUCGGAAGGCUUUUCAGAGGGGCUGAAGGAGAGAAAUGAAGGAGCCGCGAGAAACCGAUCGACACGUCGAAACGUCGCAACCCUGACGAAGAUCGUCGUCGAUCGAGCAGGUAAAGUAGCGGAUUCAAACGCGUCCACGGGAGGCUGUGCUGGCGAGCUGUCACGAGGAAGGAGCCACACCGUGACGCAUGCGACGUGCCGUCUAUCGCGAGAGCUGUGCGUCGUGGAAAACAUCUGCGCGACCGGUGAAGCUUUUAACUCGUGCACCUCCCCUCUCUGACGUAUUGCGAACGGAACCAGCGUGGUCCUUGCGUGUCCGUGAUCCGCGACGAACUCGAGCGAGUAAAAAAAGCUCGCCACCAGAAGUGUCGAGACCGAUACAAGUUAACAGGCUGAAGGAUUAUCGCGGACGAUGCUCGAGGAUCGUUUGAAAAUCGCUGAGGAAUCGCUCGAGACCGCGUUGGAGGCAGCGCGCAGAACGUGAAUGAGAGAACGUUUCAUCGCGGACUGUGACCAUCGAGACGCAGCGUUUUCGGAGCUGGUGCAGCCGAAAGUAGAACCGGGGUGCAGUCUGGUUCGCUUCCGGGAAAGAUAAACAACGAUGACCCGGUAGACAGAGAUUAAUCGUCGAAGAGACGAGGAGCACAGGUUCCGCCAACUUCUUCUCGGAAUCCAUCCAUCGAUCACUCGAGCAAGAAUUCCCGUAUUAAUUAAAACAUCGCAUCGGGUCUCGUCUGUUACCGUGAAGAAGAAGGGAAGAUGUUCACGAGUGAUAUACCAGGAUACGAUUCGUUUCGCGGGUGAACGAACGAUAAGUGUCUUCUCUUUGGCAGUCAUUCUCUUCUCGACGAUGUAGCGGGGGCUCGAAUGAUUCUCGAGGAUACUCUGGAGUAGGGGUUGAAACGAGCCUCUUAAUAGGAUAGGAUAGGAGAGGAGAGGAGAGAAGGAAAAACAGGUGGAGGAUCUUGGAUCUGAUAGCGAUCUGGACGUGAAUGUGUACGCGGAGAGAAGCAAACGAGCACGAGACGCAAUCGGUAUCGAUGAUGGUGGAAGGCACGUUGCCAGCAGGCGAUUGGCUGCCUUGGUGCUCGUGUUCCUUUGCUACGAGCUGCUGUUCGUAAUACCCGCGAGUCAAGUGGCACGUAAACAAAACGACAAACAAAAAGGAAUGCCGUGGUACGAUGACGGACUUGGUGGUCGUGCUCGAUCUUAGGAUCGGUGUGUCGUUGUUGCCGACGACAUGCUCCUCGUCGUCGUCGUCGACGUCGUCGACGCGUUGCUGGUGGAAACGUAGUCGGUGUACAAGCAUCAGCUAAUAGAAGAUCCGUUCGAAUGGCGACAGAACUCGAGUACGAUCGGCUACGAUAAAAAGGACUUUACUCUCGCUCGCGAUUCGUCGAACGGAAGUUCCUCUGCCGAGGGAAUCCGUGACUCGAGUCUGAGCUGGAUCGCUUACGAGGCAUUCGAUAGAGGAACUGAACGAGAGGGUGGCUAGCGUGAAACGCACGAAAGUAAACAAAAUACAGAGGAUAUAUCGUAAUAGGAACGAAAGCAGGGUAUAAACAGAGAGUUCUGUUCUUGUCGCGUUCCAAGUCGAACGCGCAGAUUUUAGAGACAGAAAAAUAAGAGUAAGAAGGUGAAGGCGAAAACGAAGACGAGGGCGAAGGCGAAGGCGAAGGCGAAGGUGAAGACGAAAACGAAAACGAAAACGAAAACGAAAAGGAAGGGAAGGGUGGUGUUGAAAAAAAUAUUCCACCGUCGAGCAUGGCCUCGGUGGCAGCGUGGCUGCCGUUCGCCCGUGCGGCGGCGAUCGGUUGGGUACCGAUCGCCACACAUCCACUGCCACCUCCACCGAUACCGAAGGAUCGUCGCAAAGCCGACGACGAGAAGCUGCUGAUCAACGUGAGCGGCCGUCGGUUCGAGACUUGGCGGAACACCCUCGAGAAGUAUCCGGACACUCUUCUCGGUUCGAACGAGCGCGAGUUCUUUUACGACGAGGAGAGCAAGGAGUACUUCUUCGACCGUGAUCCAGACAUCUUUCGUCACAUAUUGAACUACUAUAGAACCGGUAAGCUUCAUUAUCCGAAGCACGAAUGCCUGACGAGCUACGACGAGGAAUUGGCGUUCUUCGGCAUACUACCGGACGUGAUCGGUGAUUGUUGCUACGAGGAUUAUCGCGAUCGUAAACGCGAGAACGCCGAACGGCUGAUGGACGACAAGCUUAGCGAAAACGGGGAUCAAAAUCUUCAACAGCUGCUUGAUAUCAGGCAAAAGAUGUGGAGGGCAUUCCAAAAUCCUCACAUCUCGACAGCGGCGUUGGUAUUCUAUUAUGUGACCGGUUUCUUCAUCGCCGUUAGCGUGCUGGCGAACGUGGUCGAGACCGUGCCGUGCGGUAAUCGUCCGGGACGCGCCGGUACGCUUUCAUGCGGCGAACGUUACAAGAUCGUCUUCUUCUGCUUGGACACCGCCUGCGUGAUGAUAUUCACCGCUGAAUAUCUGUUGAGGCUGUUCGCGGCGCCUAGCCGGUGCAAAUUCGCUCGGUCCGUAAUGUCGAUCAUCGACGUGGUCGCAAUAUUACCGUAUUACAUCGGUCUCGGUAUCACCGACAACGACGACGUAUCCGGUGCAUUCGUUACGUUGCGCGUCUUCCGUGUGUUCCGGAUCUUCAAGUUCUCCAGACACUCGCAGGGACUCAGGAUUCUUGGUUACACCUUGAAAUCAUGCGCCUCGGAGCUCGGGUUUCUCGUAUUCUCACUGGCAAUGGCCAUCAUCAUAUUCGCAACCGUCAUGUUCUACGCGGAGAAGAACGUCGACGGAACGAACUUCACCUCGAUCCCUGCCGCUUUCUGGUACACCAUCGUUACGAUGACGACUUUGGGGUACGGUGACAUGGUUCCGAAAACGAUCGCGGGAAAAAUCGUUGGGGGUGUAUGCUCCCUCAGCGGUGUCCUUGUGAUCGCUUUACCGGUGCCUGUUAUCGUCAGUAAUUUCAGUCGAAUAUAUCAUCAGAAUCAGCGAGCUGAUAAGCGGAAGGCGCAGAGGAAAGCCAGAUUGGCACGUAUCAGGAUCGCUAAAGCUUCGAGCGGAGCAGCGUUCGUGAGCAAAAAGAAAGCGGCUGAAGCCCGAUUGGCCGCACAGGAGAGCGGACUUCAGCUGGACGACUCUUACAAGGAGGAGGAUAUCUUCGAGCUACAGCAUCAUCAUCUACUUCGUUGUUUAGAAAAGACUACGGAUCGCGAGUUUGUGGAGAUGGAGGUGCCGUACAACGGUGCCCCGAAGAGGCCGGGCUCACCGUCGCCGCUGACCUCCCCUGCGCACAGCACUGCCUCGAGGGGCGGCCUGCUGCACGCCUGCUGCGGCCGCUGCUAUCCCCAACGUUACCAGAGCCUGUCUUAUCAGCUCACCUCGAACGAGAGCAAGGAUAGAGUGGUGCUCGUAUAUGGAGACCGUAUACAAGUACGGAAAAAGGUAAAGAAAACCGUGUUACCUGGACAACAAUUUUGGACACGAUCAUCAUUAUUGUACAUUUACAUAACUGUGUUAAGAAUAUCGUCUAAGUGUAUUUUGUGCCUGCCACGAUCUAUGUGUUUCUCGUGUGUAAUGUGUUGUUUCUAUAACGAGAUGUGGAAUUGGGGAUUUAUUAAUAUUUCCAAGAAUAUUAUAAUUUUCUUCCAUUGGCAUUUGUUUAUUUGAAAACAUAAACAGUUUAAUAUAAUUUUAUGACAUAAAAAUAUUGUAAAAUAAUACUUAUGGCAUAUUAAUUUGAUGCUUACCGUUUCACAUGAAAUUUAUUGGUCGGAGAACAAAAAUAAAGUUUUCAUAGCAAAUGUAUCGGGUUAAGGGAUGAAAUAACCCUCAGAUCCCAGGACACAUGUCUUUUUCUAUGCAAACAUACAUAUUACACAGUGCGACGAACGCGUACGAUCGCGUGCACACGCGCAAUUUCCCAAGAUGUUUAUAAAAUAUACUUGUGUGACCGAUGGGAGAAUAUGAGGCACCUUUUCUUAUCCUUCGACGGAAGGAUCAGGACGAAGGACAGAUGAAGGCCUCCCCCAUGCAUCCCCUUGGUGGUCGAGAGUAUAUCGUGUCGCGGUGGCUGAUCCCUGGAUUGGCUUCUGGGUGUCUGCUUUCCCUGAGAAACACUUCUCCUUUGCUUCUUUAUACCGAUACCGCAACACUUUCUAUUUAUCAUAAAUUCUCCAAUUUUUUUUUCCUAUACCAUCAAGAACUGUCCAUGUUUCUUCAUACCUUUUCCUUAAACUUUAAAUCAAACGCUUGUUAUUUAUAGAAUUUAUAAAAAGAAAUUCAGAUCAUUUUUUCAUUCUUACUUUCUAAAGCGUAGAAUGAUUAAAUUUUGCUAAGAAUUCAAUAUUUCCAUGGAUAGUUCUAUCCUAUAAAAAGUAUUCUGUUUCUUUUCUUAACACUUUGGUCGAUCUAACCCCCGAACUUUCCCUUUCUAUCGCAGCCAUCCAUUUCCCAACGAGAAACGGCAAAAGUCCUUCCGGACACGGAACCCAUCUGGCAUGGUGCCUAACUGGAAUCCAUCGUGUUGCGGCUGAUUCUUGAUCUGGCUUCUGAUUUAUGCAUUGGUGAUCCAGCAAUGCUUCAUCGCUUCCCUCUGAUUCCUCUCCUUCUCUGCAACUAAGCAAAACACGUAUUUUCUUCUUCCUACUUUUAUCCAACUUUUCAUUCCCCUCCUUGUCGCUUGAAAACCCGCUGUUAGCUUCAGUUUCUUUUCUUAAGUUAGUCUACCAUUCAGCAAUAUCGCGCUUAGAUUGCCAACAAUUGAAUAAUUUUGAAUUUAAGCAUUCAGAAAAAAGAGGAGAUCAUGGUAAAACUUGGAAGUUUAUUUAUCUGCUUUCUUUGUUUAACAGUUGUACAAUUUCUUACUUUUAGAGGGAUAAAAAGAUGCUGGUGACAAAAGUUUGCGAGGGGAAAUAGCUUGUCUGCUAGCUAGAUUGCUGUCACGUCUUCCUUUCGCUCAUUUUUCUUCAUCAGGUGUUUCGAAAAGGAUUAUACGAAGGUCGAUGAUUGAGUCGAAUAAUAAAUUGUUGAGCUCGUCGUUGGUCGAAGUUAAGUGAAGUUUUUAAGUCUCGUAAGUUAUAUAACUUAGGACACUCUGUAGAACGACGGGCAAUCUUUAUAUUUCCUUGUAUUUCAAUAUGUCGACGUUUAACUCCGAUUUUCACCGUCUCUAAAAUCAAACUUUCAAGCGGAGUUUUCGUCGCCUCGUCGAGCACCUCUAAUGUCUCGCCAUCGCGCCCCUACGAUUUAUUUUACGACGGUUCGCUUAACGGCUCGGCUUGCCCGUUUAAACUUUCCACGGCGCGUGCUGCGACUAAUGGCCUUCUCUACUGGCUUUAAUAAGCGAGCCCAUCUCAUCCUUGUCGACCGCCACUCGAUGAUUAAUUUACUCGGUUGCUCCUAAUGCGUUUUUCUUGUAUUGCGUGGAUGCAAUUCGAGCAACGCAGAAACGUAUGCAUCAGCCGUGGCGCAUGGUCAUUGGAGAGCCAUCAUUUAUUUUUCAUUUCGGCUAGGUGUUAGUGGCGAGACCAUUGGAAGAUUGAUCCUCACAGCGCAGACCUGGGUAACUGAUGGUAUUUCACUUUCAAAUUUCAAAUUCAGAACCAUCAGGGUGAAAAAUUUAUUUUCUUUAGGGUAACUCGGUGUAAUAUGCCACAUUUAAAUAAUUUCUUAUUUCAUUCAAAGAUAACCGUGUAUGGGACGAUAAAUAUUUACUUUUAUUUUCGUCCAUUUCCAAUUAAUCCUUAUAAGUUAUAAAUCUAUCGUCAUGAUGUUAUUUUAUGCUCUAACUAGAAUGCAGAUUAUUCACUUGUGCGAAUAGCCACGCAGUUAAUUAAUAGAUCAUAAUAAACUACACUAAGUGAAUUGUAUAAAUUCCCAAACUUCUACUAAAUUUGUGGGGUUUCUAAAAGAUUUUUCGAUACUUUUAUGAUCGUGUGGGGUAAAAUGUCACUUAUUUGUUGGUAUAAUAUGCCACAAAUGGCAUAUUACCCAUAAAAGUUGAAUGUAUAACAUUUUUUUAUUUUAUGCACUAUAGUUAUUCUUUCUUCUCAAAAUCAUGCCUAAAAAAUAUUCAAACUGUAUUUGUUAUUUAGAAGAAAGUUUUAAAGAUCCAUGAAGAUGGUGAAGGAGCAAGCUUCGAAAGACUAUGGUAGAAUAGUUUUGAAAUAGUUGCAAAUGAUAGGUGCAUAAAAAGUGCAUUCUAUCCGAAAACUGUGAGGACUGUUUACUUUGCAGAAAAUAGUAAUUGAUUUAGUCAUUGAUUUCGAAGAUUUUUCAUUAUCACUAUUUUAACUAAUUUAAAGUAUUGUUGAUUUUCAUUAAUUUUUAAUCCUUAGUUUAUAAUCGUAGGCUUACCCCAUAUCGCAUAUUGCCCCAUUACUUGGAUAAAAUGCUACUUUCAAAGCCUUUUGAACUUUUACUUUUACUAUUAAACUAUAUGAGUUAGAAAUCUGUAAUCGAGCCGUUUAAUAGAAAAAUGGUGUAAGUGAAUUUUUUGUCUAUUUAGUUUAAAAAGUGAUGUGAGCAUAUUUUCAUUGAUUUCUCCAUGAACAAUAAAAUAUGUAAAAAUAAGGGAAUUAUGUGCAAGAAUAGUAUAAGUACGUAAAAUAUUCCAUAAAAUAAUUAUAUAUCAAUUUUCGAGGGAAAAUGACAUUAUUAUUUUGAAAUAUAAAUUUGCAGUGGCUUAGAUAUAAAAAAUGUAAACUUUCUAAUAUUACUAUAUUUUAUCGAACUCUUCUUCUCUUACUACUCACAGUAUUCAACCACUUCCCCAUUAAGCGGCUUAAUUAUUAUUCAACAAACAUAAUUAAUCACAUUAUUACAUAGUUUUAUCCUUUCACCUGUAACUACAUAUACUUACAAGAUAUCACUUUUCAAAGUUAACUGUGGCAUAUUACAAAGGUUCUCUUUACAAAAUGUCCCCGUUACUAGUAUCAUUCAUUUCCAUUUAACCGAUACCGUUAUAUAGUUAUCGAAACGACGAGCUCCCCGAAAAGCUGAAUCAAAGCAUCGCGAACAAAGCGACGAAUCUUUUUCUCUUUAUUCUAUCGCUGAUUCGAAAUACCGCGCACACGUGCCGCCGAAAAAGAACAACACUCGUAUUACGUGCGUCACGAGCGAGAGGAAGCAAAGCGACAGCGAGUACAAGCUUAUUCACGCGUAUCUCUUAUUGAAAAUAGUUUGAAAAUUGGUUACAAAGGGGAAGAAAAAUUGAUUUUGAUUAUCUCCAAGCUUCGAGUGAUAAUUCACGAUGUGUAGUUUGAAAUGGAGGACCGCAUUGCGGUGUACAGAUGCAGUUGAAGGAUAUUCAUCAGAAUUUAUGAAGGUUUCUGCAUGCAGCCGACGAUUAUUCUUCGUUUCUAUAUUUUCGUCUUUAUUCAGUUCAUUUUUAUUUGCGAUUAGGAUUCACCUAGGCUUCGUAGGAAUUUGGAUAAGGUUAUUGAACUUUUCGAUAAAUUUCUUUUUAUUAUCGUUGAAUUGUAUUACUGGUGUCGGAGAUCGAUGGUAAACGGUAUGGUUCCUGGUUUCAAUUUAUUUUUGAACCGUAACUGUACUAAAUACUAACACUAUCCAUUACUUACAUACCCAUAAUUUUCACACAUGUUGCAUGAUAUAUGAAUCACAGGGUGUACAAUGCGUCAUAACGCGAUCCACUGUAUCGUGAACGUGUUAAAAAGGGAACCAGGUAUCAUAAAUAAAUCGGUCGCUGACGUAGACCAACGAUUAAUCGCCAUUACCCCUUUUUUUCUCGACUCGAACGCGAACCAUUACGUUGGAGACUACGUUUUAUCCGUGCACACGCGUUCGAGACAAGAAGUAUGCCUCGAUCAGUAGGAAUACAAGGCAACGUAAAGCCAAGUUGAUAGACAGGUCCGCUUAUUAUUUUCACACGACCGAAAGUUCAACCAACUACCAAUGUGCUGUGAUGAAGCUUCGACGUGUAUGUACCAUAUCCUCUGAGCAACUUUCGAAAUGCACCCUUAUAUACGAUGCACCGCAUUAUGAUUUCUUUUUUUUUUUGUUUCCCUUCGAUGAACCAAUUCGAGCCAAGAAUUUCUGUACGAAACACACUGCACGUGAGUACAUGAGCCAAGCACUCUCUACAAAGAAAAAGAAUUCCUUAAAACAAAGUCCACUAUGAAAGAGUGAAAAAAAAAAACUCUUGAAUUUUGCAACUAGCGGCUUGUCGAAACGACCAUUCUUCUUGCACCUGGCAUGCUUUUGAAUCGAUCGUUCACCUAUCUCUUCCACCACACCAUACUACUUUUUUCACCGAUUGUUUCUCUUCGCUGUCACUAUGAAUACAAAAUUGUUCUUGUUAUAUCUUUGUUACGAUAUUGUUGGACUGACUGUGUUUCGUAGCACCGUUGUGUCCGCUUUUUAUCCGAAUUUAUCGUUCUUGUCUUGUUUAUCACUGUACCUUUCGCAUGUAUCUUCUGUUUUCUUCUUCUCUAUUUUUUUUUUUUCUCUUUCUUGAAACAGCCUAUGCACGUGGCUCGCGUGUCUCUUUCAUUCUAACCCCUUCCUCUCGAACAUCUCUCUUCGAUUCGAUCUUAACUUCGCUUAAAUCUUAAACCUGGAAACGUCAAACACGAUCCUGUGGCAUUGAUGAUUCGUUAAAUUCUGUUUCUGAAAAUAUCGCGAGAUGUUGAAUUUCAAAAAAAAAGAACUCGAUGCCACGGGGUUAGAAGUCACGCGAGAAUCGCAUCUCUCAUUCCAUUUCAUUCGAAGAAAAAAAAAAAAAAAAUAAAUAAAAAAGAAACUUAGCGACGAGAAAGCAGCUUGUCGCCGGGACAUUUGUGUUGAAAUCCAGAAAAAUGGUACUCGAGGAGCUUGAGAGAAAUACACGAAGAAGUGUUGGACGUUGAAGAGAAUACACAGAUGAAAAGAGAGAGAGAUUUAUGGAGAGGAGGGAGGGAGAGAGGAGACGUAGAUGAAUAUAGUUUGUAAAUCUCGCCUAUUACGAUUAUAUAGUUGCUCUAGAAAUGUAGACACAGAGAGAGAAAGAUUGGUGUGUUUGGUGUCGAAUGAAAGCAAAGGAGAGAAUGAGAGAGAAUAGAGAGAAAAAAAAAAAAA